AUGACGCGUGAUCAGGUGGAAGCAAAGCUCCUUACUACGGAGGGAGGGAGGGUUCAGAAAGCCUCCGCCGUGCGCUGGCAGCAGCUGUAUGAGCAGCACCGACCUCUCCAGGAACAGCGACCCGCUGCCCGGCUCCUCUGCACCGUGGAGCGGGCUGCCGGCUGCACCCAGCCCGAAGAGGAGGCUCUGAGAGCGGCUUCCAGCAGCUGCAGGUUGUCAGACGGAGGCAGGAUGCUGUGGUUGCUGUUCUGUCUGCUUCCUCUGGGGGGCAGCGGCAGUUUCAUCGCUCAGGAUGUCGCUCAGAAGGCCAGACACAACCACGAGGCAACAGCUGAUGUGAUGAAAAGGCCUCAGAUCUACUACUGCCGCUCGCCCAACAUGGAGGACUUCACCUGCUGGUGGCACCCGCUGGACAACCUGACGGCCGGCGAGGAGGUGGCUUAUGUCCUGACGUACUCCAAAGACAUGGGGGUCAACCAGGAGUGUCCAGACUACACAUCUGCCGGUCCCAACAGCUGCCACUUCGACAAAAGCCACACGUCCAUCUGGAAGCUGUACUGCAUGAACGUGACGGCCGUCACCGCCCAGAGGAACUACACCUCCCAGGAGUACUGCCUGGACGUGGCCGAGAUCGUGGAGACGGAGUCUCCGGUCAACCUGACCUUCUCGCUGAUGGACGCCGGCGGCGACGAGGCGGGCCACAGCGCGCAGAUCUCCUGGACGUACCCGGUGCCGGAGGACCUGCGCUACGGCUGGAUCACGCUGGUGUACGAGCUGCAGUACAGACGGAUAAACGAGGAAGGCAACUGGAAGGUGAAGCAUCCUCUGCGGGAGCCUCAUGUGGUUCUGCUCGGCCUCCGAUCCGGCGAAUACGUGGUCCGAGUUCGAUGCCGAUCCCACAACUACGGCCUGUGGAGUAAAUGGAGCUCCACUCUACACAUCAGCAUCCCCUUCAGGCGGCCCACAGGGAAAAUCCUGGUCCUGGUUCUGGUGGUGGGAGUCGGGCUGGUGGCCCUGCUGGUCAUUGCCUUCGGGGUGAUUCCUCAGAGCAGGAGACUAAAGGAUUACUUCUUCCCCCCCAUUCCCAAACCACGGAUCAUCGGGAUUGACCCGCUGCUUCUGAAGAAGGGGAAUUUUGAGGAAAUCAACCGUCACUUCACCAACUUCCACGGCUACAGACCUCCGAGCUACUCUGUGGAGGUCUGGGACCAGGUGAGCUCUGACGGGAUCUACCUGAGCUCCUCCAAGGAGCGCGGCGUCCCGCCCAACCUCCUGGACAGAGAUAAAGGAGCACCAGUCACGGUUCAGAAUCCGUUUCCCACCCAGAGCGCGCCGCCGUACGUCCUCACCCCGCCUCUUCCUCCGUACUGCGCCUCGCCUCCUCAGGCUCCCCCCGCGCUGCAGGACUCUCCGUCUCCGUGGCAAUCGCCUGAGAUGAUUUCUGUUCCAGGGACGGACUACAGCAAGAUGGAGCAUCCCGGCCCGCCCCCCGCCACUACCUCGGCUCCUCCCCCAGCCAACGCGCCGGUCCAGGAUUUCUACACCUGUGUCCAGCUCAUGAGGGACAGCGGCGAAGUCCACUUGGUACCAUGUUUGCCCUCGGCGUACUGCCAGGAGUUCCCGGUUUUCCCGGAUUUGGAUGCAGCCAAGAAGAAGGAGGAGGAGGAGGAGAAGAAGAGGAGGCGGCUGAGCGAGUACCAGGCGGGGAACACCCCGGCGAAAACCGGCGGCGAGAAUGAGAGAAGCGAGGCAGCUGACCCUCUGCUUCCCAUCGGGGCGGAGGACACGAGCUAAAGAGGCCCCCGAUCCGGAAUUCAGCUCCAGAUCCGACCUGAUCCCACCUUUUCCACGCCUCCCAAACAGAAUUACAGAUAUUCCUCAUCUGGCGAGGACUCUAACCCCUGCUGGCCACCAUGUUUCCUGUUGACCCUGACGCACUCAUGUUUAAUCCAAGAUUCUGGUUCUGGUCGUCGGAGCUUUUAAUAAUCCACAUUUUCAGAAGCAUACGUUCCAACAGGCAGAAGAAAAUGGACUUCCUGACCAGUUUAAUGGGGAAUUAUGGGUAAUGUAGUCCAUUCCACUAAGAACUUCAGGGUUUUCCAGGCGUUUCUCUCAGGAAACUGAAAAGUUGCUGCCGUUGGAUUCAGGUUUCCCAGAACUGAAAACUUCCUGUAGUUUCUCUCCAAUAUAACCAGAAGAAACCUCAUUUUACUCACGCUUCACCCUCGCUACGCGUCACUCCUUCGUUUAUCCAUGUGCUGGGAUGCGUGAGCGGAAUCCAAGCCGACCCAUGAGCUCCGUUUGUCUCAUUACCGUCGGCCGUUGUAAACGUGUUCAACACCAGCAGAUUCCAGAAUAACCAGCGCAUGAAUCCCAGUUCUGGUUAAAAUGAAGCGUUUGUAAAUGCAGUCAAAGCUCCGCCUGUCUUUUACGUUCCUGCAGAUAUAAAAGUCUCAUUUCGAUGCAGAGCCUCUUUUAACACAACACCUAUAUUUUUCUAAUAAAUCAUUAUCUGUAACAAGUUAUAGAAGCAUAUUUUGUAUAUUGUGGAGAAGCUAAAUGACCGAUCUCAGGUAGAGUUUAGUUAUUUUUCUGACAGAGAAGAAAAAAAUAAGAUCGGAUGGAAAUCAGGAGGAAUAAAAGCGUUUCAGCUGCUGCUUCAUCUGAGCAACUUUUCCCUCCCUGGUUCUGUUCACUGCUGGUGUUCAGUCAGAGCAACAUACCCGCCAUCAAUACCUGUUAAUCCCUUUAAUUCUAUUCACUCUAUUUCUAUAGCGCCAAUUCACAUCAUGUCAUCUCAGGUUACUUUCCAGUUCACCAGAUUGAUUCAAAGUUUUCUAUCUAAGGAAAACCAGCUGAUUGCAUCGACUCAUUGACUCUUCAGCAAUC